CCUGCACCGACUACUGCACAGAGACCGUAGUUGUUAGCUGUUUGUUCUGGUCGGAGGAAGACAUCAAGGACCCCAGGAAAAAAAAAAUGGAAAACGAGAGCAAGAGGAAGAUGAAAGAGAAAUUUGGCCUAAGGCGGGACAUCUUUAAGGAGUUCCUGGCGGAAUUUCUGGGGAUAUUUGUCCUGAUACUCUUUGGAUGUGGUUCAGUGGCCCAGACGGUGCUGAGUAAAGGGGCUCUCGGGGAGCCCUUGACCAUCCACAUCGGUUUCACUCUGGGAGUCAUGAUGGCCGUCUACAUGGCGGGGGGAGUGUCAGGAGCCCAUGUGAACCCUGCGGUCUCUCUGGCCAUGGUGAUCCUGGGGAAACUACCGCUGAAGAAGUUUCCUGUUUAUGUGUUGGCACAAUUCCUGGGUGCUUUUGCUGGUUCCUGUGCCGUCUAUGGGUUUUAUUAUGAUGCUCUGAUGGAAUACACCAACGGAGAAUUUGCUGUUACUGGUGCCAAUGCCACAGCCAACAUAUUUGCAUCUUAUCCUGCUAAACACCUCUCAGUCCUAAAUGGGUUUGUUGAUCAGAUAAUUGCAACUGGCGCUCUGGUCCUGUGCAUCCUGGCCAUCACUGACAGGAAGAAUAUCGGUGCUCCCAAAGGCAUGGAGCCUCUGUGCAUCGGCCUGAUCAUCAUGGCCAUCGGAGUGUCCAUGGGUCUGAACUGUGGCUAUCCAAUCAACCCGGCUCGAGACCUCGGCCCACGGUGCUUCACGGCUGUGGCCGGUUGGGGCAUGGACGUAUUCAGGUAAUUUUAAUGAUGUAAAAACGAAAUGGUGCCUGGUAUCAUUGCAGAGCUGGAGGUUGCUGGUGGUGGAUCCCUGUGGCAGGGCCCAUGGUGGGUGGAGCAGUUGGAGCUGGCAUUUACUUUCUCUUCAUUGAGUUGCACCACCCUGAG